AUGGCUACCCCCUUAGAUCAGCUUGUCAAGGGCGCACCAGUGCCCGAAGCCCGGGCACCUACGUUGGAGCCAUUGCAUGCUUCAUCUGCCUCCCCGCCUCGGCCCUCAACGCCUGAUCCGCUAGCCACGCUACCAUCGUCUCCUCCCCAGAUCUACCUGAACCUUUUGAUCCUCGAAGCAUCACUCCGAGCACAGUAUUUAGCUCUACGCGAACGUCGCCGCCAAAACACAUUCUUCCUGCUCCUCCUGGUUGCUUGGCUUGCCUACUUUGCAUACGCCCUGUUCCUCCGCCCGCGUGAAGAUGGCCGCGGCGUCGGCGGCUCCGUUUAUUGGGUGGUUGAGAUGGGAGAGAAAGUCGCCCUGCUCGGUGGAGUGGUGACAGCUCUGUUGGUCUGGGGUACCGGGCAAUGGGAGCGUGGAAUCCGCUGGCCCCGGCGCUGGCUCGCCGUCUCCAAUCGUGGCCUCCGCGUCAUGAACACCAAGAUCAUCGUGAUCCGUGGUCCUUGGUGGCAGGAGUUAUUGUCUUACAUCUCAUUCCUAUUCCCCUUCUCUGCACCCUUCUUCCCCUCCCCCGCGGGUAAUUUCCACUUCGUCGAGCGCCACCCCUCCGAGAAGCGCGGUAGUCGGCAGCACUACCAGCAGUACUAUAACGGCGGCGAUACCGAGUCCGGCCUGAUAGAGGAAGACCUGAGUCCUGGCGGCGACUACAUUCGUCUGCUCUUACUACCCAAGUCGUUUUCACCGGAGUUCCGCGAGAACUGGGACGACUAUCGUACCGAGUUCUGGGAGAAGGAGAAUGAGCGCCGAACUCAGCUGCGUCAUAGAAUGCGCGAGCGCGAGCGCCAGCUCGCUCAAGCCGAAGGCGGUUGGCUCUGGUGGAUCGGAUUGGGCUGGCGCGCUUCUCAGCGCCGUCGUUUGGUGGCAGCUACUCUCAAUCGGUCUCUCGAGCCAGAAACCAAGCACAGGCUUCAUCCUCUUCAUCCUCAUCACCAACAUCAGCCAUCAAAUACCUCUAAGCUCAGCCAAGAGCAGCGCGCAUCUUCCGUCCGCCGCGGUACUCGCUCCGAGUCGACUCAUUCUCGCACCUCGUCUCGCAGCAGUACCCCGGUGGAUGCCGAGGACCGACCACCCUCCCGCUCCUCGACGUCUAACCGCCCGCGGCGCGGAAGUACCACCCCCUCGGUAUCCGGCCUAGAGGCCAGCCCACAGCAACGGAAACGAAAGGGCUCCAAGAGUCUGCGCCGAGGUCUGUCACCUCUGACACAGGCCCAAAUUCGCGAAGGUGUACGGACACCGUCAUUCUCGUCCGAUGAUUCUGGCAUCUUGCCCAUGAGCGAGAAGGAUAGAGAGCUUAUUCCAACCUCGGUGCCCGAUUCGAAUCACGCUACCUAG